GAGAAGAGCUGGCUCAGCUGGGAGAAAGGCAGAGAGAAUGGCAGAGUCCGGGACCCUGCCCACUGGCUUCGGGGAGCUGGAGGUGCUGGCCGUGGGGACGGUGCUGCUGGUGGAAGCUCUUUCUGGCCUCAGCCUAAACAUCCUGACCAUCCUCUCUUUCUGCAAGACCCCAGAGCUGCGGACCCCCAGCCACCUGCUGGUGUUGAGCUUGGCGCUGGCCGACACUGGGAUCAGCCUGAACGCCCUCGUUGCAGCCACGUCCAGCCUCCUCCGGCGCUGGCCCUAUGGCUCAGAAGGCUGCCAGGCUCACGGCUUCCAGGGCUUUGCCACCGCACUGGCCAGCAUCUGCAGCUGCGCAGCCAUCGCCUGGGGGCGCUAUCACCACUACUGCACCCGCAGCCGGCUGGACUGGAACACGACCGUCUCCCUGGUGCUGUUCGUGUGGCUGUCCUCUGCCUUCUGGGCGGCGCUGCCCCUCCUGGGCUGGGGCCACUAUGACUAUGAGCCGCUGGGGACCUGCUGCACCCUGGACUACUCCAGGGGGGACAGAAACUUCACCAGCUUCCUCUUCACCAUGGCCUUUUUCAACUUCCUCCUGCCCCUCUUCAUCACAGUCGUAUCCUAUCGGCUCAUGGAGCAGAAACUCGGGAAGACCAGCCGUCCCCCGGUGAACACCGUCCUGCCAGCCAGGAUGCUGCUGCUCGGCUGGGGCCCCUACGCGCUCCUGUAUCUGUACGCCACCAUCGCGGAUGCAACCUCCCUCUCCCCCAAGCUGCAGAUGGUGCCCGCUCUCAUUGCCAAGACAAUGCCCACAGUCAACGCCGUGAACUAUGCCCUGGGCAGCGAGAUGGUGCACAGGGGGAUCUGGCAGUGCCUUUCGCCACAGAGGAGAGAGCGCAACCGGGAGCAGUGAGCCUCGCUGGGGGGCUGCCCAGACCCAGGCCCACCCAGGCCUUCCUGGACUGAGCCCCUGCCUGGGGAGUCCUGUCCAGCAGCCUCAGGAGCCAGGCUCCAGACACUCACCCUUCAUCCCUGAUGGCCCUUUGAGCCUGGCCCAAGGCCGGACACAGGGGAUUCAGAGAAAAUCCAGACUGCAUGGAACAAGCCCGGACUUUGGAGCCACACGGACCUGUGUUGGCCAUAGCUGAAAGACCUUGGAAAAGUCACACUCUCUGAACUCAGCUUCCUGGCCCCUAACGGAAGGAUGUUAAUAUGGACGUUGGGUCUGCCAUGAAGCUUGAGUGUGAUAGCGUAUACUCACAUGCACAUAGACGCUGCUGCUCAUUAGUACAACUCUUAGGAUUCAGAGACUUACAUAGAAAGGGGUGAAAGUCCAGGUUUGUCUGUGGGAGCUCAACCCAGGCUGCCAGCAUUCAAACACCUCUUAUUAAAUCGUGAUCUCAUACAGGUGACUUACACUU